CUGGAGACUCUGGCCCGGGUUCUAGGCGAAUUUGGAGAAGUGAAAGCCGCACCUAGCAGGGCCUGGCCAAGCUCGUGACCCGCCACCCUGCCAUCACGAGGCACAUUUCCUCAUGGCCGCGCUGUGCCCGCUGCUCCUGGCGGUGCUGAUGGGGGUCCCUGCAGGGACCCUUACCUGCUACGGGGACUCGGGGCAGCCAGUGGACUGGUUCGUCGUCUACAAGCUGCCGGCCAAGAGCGGGCCUGGGGACGCGGCCGGGAGAGGGCUGAGGUACAAGUACCUGGACGCGGGCUCGGGAGGCUGGCGUGACGGCGCGGGGCUCAUCAGCAGCUCGGCGGGGGCCGUGGGCCGCAGCCUGCUGCCACUGUACCGCAGCAACGCCAGCGAGCUCGCCUUCCUGCUCUACAAUGACCAGCCGCCUAAAUCCAGCAGAGUUUGGGACUCUUCUAGCCGUGGGCACACAAAGGGGGUGCUGCUUCUGGACCAAGAAGGGGGCUUCUGGUUGGUCCACAGUGUUCCACGCUUCCCUCCACCUGCCUCCUCUGCUGCCUAUAGCUGGCCUUAUAGUGCUCGACGUUAUGGCCAGACCCUGCUCUGUGUGUCUUUUCCCCUCACCCAGUUCCUGACAAUUGGCAGGCAGCUGUCCUACACCUACCCCCUGGUGUAUGACUACAAGCUGGAGGGGGCCUUCGCCCAGAAAUUCCCUAACCUGGAGGAGGUGGUCAAGGGCCACCACAUUCGCCAUGGACCCUGGAACAGCAGUGUAACACUCACAUCACAGGCAGGGGCCACUUUCCAGAGCUUUGCCAAGUUUGGAAACUUUGGAGAUGACCUGUACUCUGGCUGGCUGGCAGCAGCCCUUGGCAGCAACUUGCAGGUCCAGUUCUGGCAAAAUUCUGCUGGAAUUCUGCCCUCUAACUGCUCGGGUGCUCAGCAGGUGCUGGACGUGAUUCAGACAGCCUUCCCUGGGCCAGCUGGGCCAACCUUCAGUGCCACAGAAGACCACGCCAAGUGGUGUGUGGCCCCAAAAGGACCCUGGGCCUGCGUGAGUGACAUGAAUCGGAACGUGAGAGAGGAACAUCGGGGCGGGGGCGCACUGUGUGCCCAGCUGCCUGCUCUCUGGAAGGCCUUCCAGCCAUUGGUAAAGACCUGGGAACCCUGUAAGGAGCCCUGGUGAUGCAGUGGUUAAGCACUUGGCUGUUAAUUGAAAAGUUGGUGGUUCAAACCCACCAGCCACUCCACGGGAAAAAGAUGAGGCAAUCUACUUCCAUAAAGAUUACAGCCUUGGAAACCAUAUGGGAUAGUUCUACUCUGUCCUACAGAGUUCCUAUGAGUCAGAGUUGACUUGAUGAUGGCAAUGGGUUUUGGUUUUUGGGAACCCUGUAGGGAAUAGAGCAGAGCCUUCUCUCCCAGAGACUCAGCAGAACAUAAGAGAUUAGGCUCU